UCAUCCAGGGCACCGCCCCUCCUGCCUGCUGCCGGAAGGGAGGUGAAACCCGGUCACCUCUGAGGAGUCGGUUGCGGUGUGGAGCGUGAGUAGCGGUGAGGAGAUGUGGUUCGAGAUUCUCCCUGGCCUCGCCAUCAUGGGCGUGUGCUUGGCCAUUCCUGGGGUGUCCACUGCGUACAUCCACAAGUUCACCAACGGGGGCAAGGAAAAAAGAGUCGUUCGAUUUCGUUACCAGUGGUACUUGUUAGAAAGAGAUAGACGCGUCUCUGGAGUCAAUCGCUACUAUGAGUCCAGGGGCUUGGAGAAUAUUGACUAAGGAAGCAUUUUCCUGGCUGAUGAAAAAAAAUUACUCAGCUAUGGUCACCUAUUCCUGCUAGAAGGCAAAUGCAGCAUAUUAUAUACUAUGCGCAUGAUAUGUAAUGCCUAAUA